AUGCGCAUCCCCUUUUUCUCUUCGGCCCCACCGUCCUCCGCUACGCGCAAAAUCACUCCCCUCACGCGUCUCCUCGAGCACGGUCUCAACGCCGUCAAAACCUCUAAGUACUCGCUCGUCAACCUCCUCCCCCUUGCCAUCUGCGACCAAUUCCGCCGCCUCUCCAACUUCUACUUCCUCAUCGUCUCCAUCGUCUCCUUCGUCCCCAACAUUUCCCCUACCUCCCCCGUCUCCACCACCCUCCCACUCCUUGUCGUCGUCGGCUUCGGCCUCGCCCGCGACCUCUGGGAAGACCUCCAGCGCCGCCGGGAUGACGCCCCCACCCUCGUCGCGGUGGAACAUGCCUUAAGGCCGGCUAGAGACCUCGCCGUCGGCGACGUCGUCCUCGUCUCUCGCGAUGACCCCUUCCCAGCAGAUCUUCUUCUUCUCCAUGCUGCCGCGGCCCCCUUGUGCUACGUUUCCACCGCCAAUCUGGACGGCGAGUCCAACCUCAAGCGCCGUGCUGUCCCGCCGGUUUUGCAAGUUGCCAAGCUUCCACCACUCCACGAAAUCACCGUCACAGUUCCCGCCCCGUCGGAUGACCUGUACGCGUUCUCCGCGGCGAUGCAAGUAGGAGGCGGGCAGCCCACCUCGCUCUCGGUGGAUAAUCUCUUGCUGAGAGGUUCGAUACUGAGGAAUACCCCAUACGUGUAUGGACUCGUCCUGUACAAUGGCCAAGACACCAAACUCGCGAGGAAUAUGCGCAACCCACCGAGCAAGCUUGGUGGCAUUGAACGCAUGAUGAACCGAGUUGUCGUUGGUUUGUUUUCAAUACUCGCCGUCGACAGAUUGCUCUCGGGGUCAUCAGUUGGCUUCCGAUCGCUUGGCACGUAUCUCAUUCUAUUUCAUUCGUUCGUGCCCGUGUCGAUGUUCGUCACCCUCGAGUUUGCCAGGAUCAUCCAAGGCUGGUUUAUCGGCGAGGAUAAGAAGAUGCGGACGAAGGGGGUGUCAGUCAAGAGCAAGUCCAAUAACCUCAAUGAAUCACUCGGAUAUGUCGAGCAUAUCUUUAGUGACAAGACCGGAACGCUCACGGAGAAUGUUAUGCGAUAUGUAGCCUGCAGCGCAGGGGGCAAUGUUUACGACGAGCGCAGAGCGCCAGGGUGUCUUGCGAGCGCAAUCAGAGACGGUGCGGAGGAAGUGCGCAACUUCGUACUGGCAAUGGCGGUGUCGCAUGAUGUCGUUCCUGAGGUGGACGAGGCAGAAGGGAGCGUGAGCGUGCCAGACGAUGGGCUGCGGGGAAUGCCGGACUUUCAGGGCGAAAGCCCUGAUGAAGUCGCGCUGGUUGAGGCAGCGUUCGCAGCGGGGAUAGAACUCCAGGGGAGAACGGCCGAUACGCUUGUCGUGAAGGAGUCGUGGGCUGAAACGGCGAGCACGUAUACGAUCCUGGCAAAUCUGGCGUUCACAUCAGAAAGGAAGCGGAUGAGCACUGUGUUGCGCUGUCCGGACGGGCUGAUCCGGAUUUUCACGAAGGGGGCCGAUAUGGUCAUGCUGGAUUUACUUUCGCGCAGUCCAGCUUUUGUGAGCCUCAGUCGAGAUACAGAUAGCUUUUCCAAAGAGGGUCUGCGAACACUGGUGUUCGGGUCUCGUGUUAUUUCGGAGAAUGAGUACGAGCAGUGGAAGUCCUACUAUGCAGAGGCGACAACAGCGAUAGAGGACAGAGUGGAAAGGGAGGCCGAAGUGGCGGCUAUGAUCGAAAAGGAUUUGGACUUCGUCGGGGUGAGUGCCGUCGAGGACAAGUUGCAAGAAAACGUGGCCGAUACUGUCCAGUUUCUUCGAGAGGCAGGAAUGAGAUUCUGGGUUUUGACGGGAGAUAAGAGGGAAACCGCUGAGAAUAUUGGAUAUUCAUCUAAUAGAGACAACGCCCAGUCCAACCCUCGUGCUCACCAUCGCCGUCGUUCAAGCCUUGCCAGCGGCAAUUUAAUUGCGGCCUUGACCCUGCGAUCCAUUGAUCAUGGUGUAGAAUUUGAAAUGGGAAUGGUUAUUGACGGUGAAACUCUUGGCUUUAUUGAAGGUCAGGAGCUUGAGGAACUGUUCUUGGAGGUUGCAGACCUUUGCAAAACAGUGAUUUGUGCAAGGGUGACUCCGAUCCAAAAGGCAAAGGUUGUCAAGCUUGUCCGCACGUAUGACCACUCAAGCACGCUUGCGAUUGGUGAUGGUGGCAACGAUGUUUCAAUGAUCCAAGAGGCACAUAUUGGAGUUGGCAUAAAAGGCAAGGAAGGAUCUCAAGCGGCUCGGGCCGCGGACUACUCGAUGGGAGAAUUUCAGCACUUACGGCGACUUCUUGCGGUGCACGGGCGAUUUUCUUACAUCAGAACUGCGGGGAUUAUCAACCUUUCGUUUUACAAAAACAUUUUCUUCACUACUACGCAGAUUAUGUUUCAGUUUUUCUGUUUUGCAUCUGGCACAACAUUUCACAACCAAUGGAUUGUCACAGCCUGGAACAGUAUGUUAACACUUGCUCCGCCAUUCUUGUUUGGUAUUUUUGAACGAGAUUUGGAAGAAGACACCGUGAUGCGAUUUCCGUCGGUUUACUCUUCAAAUCGCAACCAUCGUCUUUUCAGCAUGAGAACUGUGCUAGAGUUUACUAUUGCCUACAGUAUUUGGCAUGCAACUGUCGUCUUCUUCAUGACAUACUUCUACUUUGGACGAGUAGAACCCAUCGUGUUUUCGAAUGGACAUGAUGCAGGAUUUCGCCUGGUUGGAUUGGCAGUAUCAACCAUGGCAGUUCCUAUUGCGCUAUCAAAGUUUUUGUUGAGCAGUCACUUAUGGACCGCGGCAGUACUUAUUGGUUGUGGUGUUUCGUUUGGUUUAUUGUGGGCUCUUAUCCCAGUAUUUACUAGCCUGGCUCAUGAAUAUGCACUAGAAGGGGUCCUUGCCAAGCUUUUUUCAAGCCCAACCUACCACUUGCUAUGGCCGAUCGUCUUUGCUACUGUUUUUCUACCCGAUUUUUUCGUGAUCAUGAUUCGGAUGAAUCGCAAAGCAAAUAUGAACUCGGUAGCUGCCGAGGAGCUUAGGAUUUUCAAAAGAUGA